AUGUCGAUUGAGGGAUCCAUUCCGAGGAAGGCAAAAGAGCAAUCUAGUGCCAUUACUUUCUUCGAGACUGAUUGGAUGUAUCCCUUUUCUCAUAACCACCCGCUUUAUGUGACUGUUUAUAUUAACGAGGUUGAGUUCAAAAAGGCCUUUCUAGAUAGUGGAGCCUUUAUCAACAUUAUGACCCGCGCUACUCUAGAGAAGGCCCGAAUCUCUGAAGAGAGCAUUGUGAAGCAGCCGAUAGUCAUCACUGGCUUUGGUGGAGAAAGGAGAGUUACUAUGGGAUGCGUAACAAUUGAUUUAGCCAUCAAAGAGAUUCGCUUGGGCACCAAGUUCUAUAUUAUCGACCCCAAGACAAACUAUCACAUCAUUCUAAGGAGGACCUGGAUGCAUAGAUAUGGGGUUGUACCGUCAAGUUAUAAUCAGUGUGUUAAGGCUAAAUGGGGAAAGAAAAUGGUGACAAAGCAUUUCGAGACCGAUGAAGCUCAUUAUUCUGAUGCCAUCUACUUCAUCGUAUUGUCUGUCAAAGAAAAUCUCACCACCUCUAAGCCUCAGGGGGUCAAAAUUCCUUGUUGGGAGGAUAUCAAAGAUGACAAGAAGCUAAAGAAAGAAUCAGCUGACUCUGAGUCAAAAGAUGAGCCUCCUGAUGAUGACAUAGUAAUAAAGCCUGAAGUGGCUCCAGAAUGCAUGCAAAACGAGCUUCAGCCUCAGCGUGAACAACUUGUUGAAGUAGAUCUGAGUGAUGGGCAAGAUGCUCCAAAGGAAAUGCUAGGACUAGAUCCUGACCUAGUCUCCCAUUAUCUUGAUGUGUUCCCAAACCCCAAGCCAAUCAAGCAAGUUGCUCAAAAAUAUCACUCAGAUCUCAAAGAGAAAAUUAAGGAGGAGAUUGAAAAAUUUCAACAUAUAGGACACCAAAUGUUCUCAUUCAUGGAUGGAUUCAGCAGAUAUAAUCAUAUUAAAAUGGCCGAGGAUGAUGCAGAAAAGGCUGCUUUUAGAACACCUCUCGGAAAUUUCUUCUAUACAGUCAUGCUUUUUGGACUCAAGAAUGCCAAAAGGCUAUGA